GGAGAGAAACCAUAUAAAUGUCAGACUUGUGGGAAGGCCUUUAUUCAGACCUCACAUCUUAAUAGACACAUGAAAACUCAUAGUGGAGAGAAGCCUUAUAUAUGUGAGGAGUGUGGCAAGGCCUUUACUCAGUUGUCAAGCCUCAGUAGACAUGCAAUUAUUCACACUGGAGAGAAACUGUAUAGAUGUAAAGAAUGUGGAAAGGCCUUUGUUUGGGCCGCAAGACUUAGUUUACAUAUGAGAAUUCACACUGGAGAGAAACCGUAUAUAUGUAAGGAAUGUGGGAAGAUCUUUGCCGUAGCCUCAUAUCUUAGUGUACAUAGGAGAAUUCACACUGGAGAGGAACCGCAUAUAUAUAAGGAAUGUGGAAAGGCCUUUGCUAGAGCCACAAAGCUUACUGAACAUAGGAGAAUUCACACUGGAGAGAAACCGUAUAUAUGUAAGGAAUGUGGGAAGGCCUUUGCUGUAGCCUCAACUCUUAGUGAACAUGGGAAUGUUCACACUGGAGAGAAACCACAUAUAUGUAAGGAAUGUGGGAAGGCCUUUGCUGGAGCCUCAACACUUCGUGAACAUAGGAAAAUUCACACUGGAGAGAAACCUUAUCAGUGUCAGACAUGUGGAAAGGCCUUUACUUCUUCCUCACAAUUGACUGUACAUAGGAGUAUUCAUAGUGGAGAGAAACCAUAUAUAGAAGCGGUGGCCACCGGGACGCACGGAAAGAUUCAGGCGGCAGCCUUGAAGGCUUGGAAGGGUCUCCCAACCAAGAGUUCCGUUGUCACCUCUCUUUCCAAAGUCCACCAGGGCCCUAACGAGCCCUACAAUGACUUUGUUGGCCGCCUGGUGGAGGCUUCUGAGAGCCUCCUGGGGGGAGGCGACACUGAUAAUGACUUUAUUUGCCACCUAGCCUAUGAAAAUGCUAAUUCUGUCUGCCAGGACGUCCUUCGUCCUCAUAAAGGAGGCAAGACCCUCUCUGACUACCUCCGCCUGUGCGCCGAUGACGACAAGUACUGGGAAAUUUACCAUAAUGGCCGUUGA